GCCGGGCGCAGAUGGAACACUGAAAAUGAGUCUCCAAACGGCCGUCUCUACUCCAUUUCAUCUAUCCUCAUGCUCCGGUUACAGCCUCAAUUUCAAUCCUCUUUUCUUCCCCAACCGGCAUCGUUCUUGCACCUGGCGUUUCAACCUGGUCCAGCGUAGAAACUUUAUGGUGGGAGUCUCAAGGAUAUUUCUGACCAAAGUUUGACUGGAGAACUGAUCCUUCUGUCAUAUCAAUGCCAUCACCUAAUGUUACUGGAUCACUGCACAUGGGGCGUGCAAUGUUUGUAACUCUUGAGGAUAUCAUGAGUAGGUACCAUCGCAUGAAGGGAAAAUCAACGCUUUGGCUUCCUGGGACUGGUCAUGGUUGUACUGGAUGUUUUAAACCAACGCUCUGCGUUUCACACUUUCUUUAGGGACUGCUGGUCAGGAUCUGAACUUAUCUACUGAGAGGCUGACUGCUAACAAGGCCUUAAUGAACAAAUUAUGGAAUGCUGGCAAGUUUAUUCUGCAGAAUCUACCCAGGCAGGAAAAUGUGUUUGAUUGGGAAACUAUGCUUGAUUAUAAGGUCUCAAAACUUCAUAUUCUCAUUGAUGUGGUCACAGAGAGUUAUGACAAGUUUUUCUUUGGUGAUGUUGGUAGAGAAAUAUAAGAUUUCUUUUGGACUGACUUUGCCGACUGGUAUAUUGAAGCCAGUAAAGCUUGCCUUUACCAUUCUGGGAAUAAAACAGUUGCUUUAGUGGCACAAGCAGUUCUCCUAUAUGUUUUUGAGAACAUACUGAAUUUGCUACAUCCGUUUAUGCCAUUUGUAACUGUGGCACUGUGUCAGGCACUCCCAAAACGAAUGACAGCUCUUAUAGUAUCUUCUCGGCCACACACUUCUCUUCCAAGGCGUGCAAACUCAAUAAAAAAAGAUUUGAAAAUAUAUAAGCUUUGACUCGAGCAGUCUGAAAUGCUAGAGCUGAGUACUCUGUUGAGCCGGCAAAGCGUAUAUCUGCAUCUAUUGUUGGAAGCAAAGAAGUUAUCCAGCAUAUAUCUAAAGAGAAGGAUGUUUUGGCUCUGUUAUCCAGGCUAGAUCCACUGAAUAUCCAGUUUACAGAUUCCCCUCCAGGGGGAUGCGACUCAGUCAGUCCACCUUGUUGCCACUGAGUUUGAGGCAUAUCUUCCCCUUUCUGAUAUGAUUGAUAUUUCUGCUGAAGUUGAACACUUUUCCAAACGCCCGUCUAAAAUGCAAACGGAGUAUGAGGGACUUAAAGCUCGCCUCAAUUCUCCAAGAUUCAUAGAAAAAGCUCCCGAGGAUAUUAUUUGUGGGGUUCGAGAAAAAGCAGCUGAAGCAGAAGAGAAAACAAAUCUUACCAAAAAACCGUUUGGCUUUCCUUAAAUCAACUGUUUUGGUUUCAAAAUAAACUUCAUUUGUAGCUCCUUGGUGUUUCCUCAGAACCCAGCUUCUUGAGCUCGAUCAGAUCAAUUUCCAUUUCUGCAGAAGUUGCAGUUCAUGCACUAUAAUUGAGAGAAAUGGUUGUAAAUCAUGACAUCGGCAGCAAGAAAUAACCAGUCAAUCUCAGCAGUGAGAAAGAAAUGGUCCAUUGAUUUCCAGAAAGUAACUGCUUUUUGCCUGCAAGCUUCAAUAGAAAGGUACAAGCACUACAUUAAUUGAAUAAUGAAGAAUUCAAAUACUAUUUUUGCCUUUUGGUCCUUCCUCCGCUGAAGCUGCAAGAAAAGAUUAUGGUUAUAUAAUGACGGUGUAACUGUUUCCAGCUUCUGCAUCAGCCAUCACAAUUACAGCUACAAUCUGGCUUGUCUUCUCUGCUUUCUUCUAAAUACUGACUUUUCCACCGUCUUCUAGUGAAUGUUACUGUCAUGAACUUUAAUGUUUAUGAAAAUUAUGGGGAUAGAUCGAUUUCCUGUAAAUCUUUGCAAAUGAUCAUAGGAACAAAAACCAUAAUCAAAUACCUAAGCUAACAGAUUAUGUCUUCGAGAUUACCAUUUGUCCAUUUUACAUAUAGAGAAUGUGUAAUAGCUAGUUUUCUCUUAUGAUUCUUCCCUCUCUGUUAAGUAGUUUUAGUUGUCAACUGAUCAUUACAUGGAACUGAAACUACCUUGAAUUUUGUUUCUAUCCUUUUUAGCUCUGUAUUAAAGUCAUAUCUUGCAGUAAUUUCUCUGAAAAAGACAAUAAGGAGAAAGGGCCGGCGUGCUUAGAAUUUCUUUUCAGUUGCUUUUAACAUUCACUAGCUAAGCUAUGGUCUCAAGACUGGAAGGGCAGUGUGCUAGGUAAUCACUAGACUUGAAAUUUAUAUUACCGGCCCUUGCCCGCUAAUGAUUUUAUAGAAAGGUGAUGAUCUCUUCUUUUUUAGGCUGGUAGUAAGCCUAAG